AUGGCUGCCAUCUCUGGGGAGGCGGAGCUGGAGGAGGAGGUCAACGUGCCUGAUGCACGAGCGCACAUCGAGUAUGAGGAGGCCGCGGCCGCGUUGCUCGAUGGCGCCGAGCUGGCGCCGCAGCUGGAGGGCAUCGUCCGUGAGGACUGGAGCAGUUCGUCCUUUUGGCUGCGGCUGCUGCCUGCGUUGCGGCCUCGGCUCCGAUCGGCAGAGCUGCGGCAGCAGCGCGACCGCCUGCUGGCUCUGGCGCGGGUGCCAAUGGACGGCAGCGCGCUCCAUGAGCGGGUGGUGGGCGCGUGCUAUCGUGCCCUCACGCACACCGUGGCGGCACCACCGCGGUAUGGCACUGAUCCGGCGACGGACUUGCGCGGUGCCGGGAUGCUCGCGCCGUUACAGCUGCUGCACUUUGCGGAACGCCGACCAGAGCUGCUCGCCACCCUCUACGCCGCAUCGCUCCGCGAGUCCAACGGCUUUCCCUUCAUGGUCGUCUCGAUCAAUAUGACGCAGCUCGUGCUGCUUGCACUACGCGCGGGCGCACUCAUGGUGCCGGCUAACCGCGCAGGAUCGGUAUAUGAGGUGGCCCACUCCUACUACGAGGCGUGCUUCCUCCACCUCUACGUCCUAUGGCGGGAGACGCAAGGCGCGUCUGUGCGCAAGCCGAACGCGCUGCUAGCCGCACUGCGCUCGUGGGACGCUAGAAGGGGCGGGUCCCGGCCUCAGCGGGUGGUGUCGUGCAGCGAUAUGCCCCAUCAUCACUAG